AUGCCAAGGCUACGUUUCGGGCCAGCGGAUUCCGUAGAGAGCAUCGCAGACCUCGUUGGGGCGAACAUCCACCCCUUUUUUAACGCUGAUGUUGCGGCCGCCAACGCUGGACAGUUUGUCUCAUCUCAAAUCAGCCGACUUGAAGAAAUUUGUGGUAAUCUGAAAGUGGUCAAUCUAGAGACGGGAUGGCCGAACGCCGGAGAUCAAAACGGUGCCGUGGUUCCGGGAAUCAUGGAGCAGAAUACCGCCGUCAAUGCCACUGCUGAAGCGGCAGGCUCAAAGUCUGUCUUCUUCUCGUGGAUCAACGAUCCGUGGAAAUCACCGGGAAACUUUGACGCAGAGCAGCACUGGGGGUGCGCGGAUGUGUUCCAGGAAAAUAUAGAACCGGACUAG